AUGCUUUCUGGUUUCAUCUUCCUAAUCUCUCGAAAUAUUCAGCAAAAUGUUUUCCAAUCCCUGUCUACGCUUAAGUCUAUCUAUCUAUCUAUCUAUCUAUCUAUCUAUCUAUCUAUCUCAGUGAUUUUAUCAUCUAUCUAUCUAUCUAUCUAUCUAUCUAUCUAUCUAUCUAUCUAUCUAUCUAUCUAUCUAUCUCAGUCAUUUUUUAUCUAUCUAUCUAUCUAUCUAUCUAUCUAUCUAUCUCAGUCAUUUUUUGAUCUAUCUAUCUAUCUAUCUAUCUAUCUAUCUAUCUAUCUAUCUAUCUAUCUAUCUAUCUAUCUAUCUAAUAUUAGCUUUGUUAACUCUGAUAAAUUUUUCGUAUUCCUAUCUAUCUAUCUAUCUAUCUAUCUAUCUAUCUAUCUAUCUAUCUAUCUGUUUCAGUCUGUUCGUAUCUAUCUAUCUCAGUCUAAGCUUAUCACUAUCUAUCUAUCUAUCUAUCUAUCUAUCUAUCUAUCUAUCUGUCUUUUCAGUCUGUUCGUAUCUAUCUAUCUCAUCUGUUCGUAUCUAUCUCAGUCUAAGCUUAUCACUAUCUAUCUAUCAUUCAUCUAUCUAUCUAUCUCAAUCUUCGUAUCUAUGUGUCUAUCUAUCUUAGUCGCUUCAUAUCUAUCUAUCUAUCUUUAUCUAUAUCUAUCUAUCUAUCUUAUCUAUCUAUCUAUCUAUCUUAUCUAUCUAUCUAUCUAUCUAUCUAUCUAUCUAUCUAUCUAUCUAUCUAUCUGUUUCAGUCUGUUCGUAUCUAUCUAUCUCAGUCUAAGCUUAUCACUAUCUAUCGAUCUAUCUAUCUAUCUGUUUCAGUCUGUUCGUAUCUAUCUAUCUCAGUCUAAGCUCAUCACUAUCUAUCUAUCUAUCUAUCUAUCUAUCUAUCUAUCUAUCUAUCUCAGUCUGUUCAUAUGGAUUUAUUUUUGUGAAAAUCAUAGUAUCCCUGUUUUUCUAUAG